UCUUCUUACGACCUCUAAAUUCUGUUCUGUUCUUUACACUUACUCACACUAACCAUUAUAAUCAAAUUUUAAAUAAAAUUGUAUGAACAAUUUUUAAUGCUACGUUGCUGUACCUUCUGAUUCUACUUCCUUUCUUGUUUUCAAAUGUAUGAGCGUUCAAUAAAUUAAGAUCAACCAACACAAUUUAAUCUUUUUUUUUUACUUAUAAAUUAUUAUUUUAUUUUCAGAGAUCUGAAAAUGGAAAACAUCAUGUUAGACACCACGAAACAGUACAUCAAGAUUGUAGACUUCGGUUUGUCGAACAUUUGGUGCGCGGGCGGCGCGCUGCGGACGCCGUGUGGUUCCCUGGAGUAUGCGGCGCCGGAGCUGUUCGUUGACGGCCGCCGGUAUGGACCCGAAGUGGACUUGUGGAGCAUAGGAGUGAUAGUGUACGGUAUGGUGACUGGUGGGCUGCCGUUCACCGGCGCGGACGGUGGCGGGGGAGGGGGCGGGGCAGGGGCAGGGGGAGGGGGAGGGGCGGCGGCGGGCGGGGAGACGAGGUCCCGUCCGCUGCUGCGCGCCGCCAUCGCUAGAGGAUUCACUAGGAAACAACGGGUCGCGCUAACGUGCGUCUCCACAGAAUGCAAAGCGUUUAUCCAACACCUGUUGGAACCCAACGUGGAGCUGCGGAUGAAAAUCGAGGAGGCGGCGCGUCACCGCUGGGUGAGGAGACCCGGCAUGAGGAUGAAAACACACCCGCUCGGCACCGUCGAGCCUAAGGCUAACAGAGAGAUCUACAGACAAAUAUCGGAGCUUUGCGGUCAAACAUUUAUGGACGUCGUGGCACAAAUCAAAGCGGAUCCAUUCGGUGCGGUCGCCGGCAUCUAUAACAUUAAGACGCAUCUACACCAAAUGUCAUCGCUAGCAGGCGCAGAGCUGCUGUGGUCUUCUAACAUACAAGAAGCUAGACCACUCACACCACCGGAGUACCUCGCGAAGAAAGAAGAACCAGAAGCAUCAAGCAGCAAAACUUAUGCAAUGGCCCAACCGUCGAAAACGUUUACGCCUAAAAGACUGCCCACGCCGCCUAAGAUGCCAGACCCAGAUAUGACGACACAAGUCGAGCGUCUAACCGCAAACUCGACUCUACACGGUUCCCAGCUAAACACGGCCCUAACAAAUCCAAUUACGAGGCAAAAACAAAACGAACCGGCGAAACCGAAAUGCCCACCCAUGCAAAGCCCAAGGUAUUCGAUGGCUAGACCGACAAGCGGUACAUACGGCCUCAAGAGUCCGGUGUUUAAGGUCUACGAUAACGGUGACUGCGGCUUGGACCCGAGACUGCCGAGUAUAGAGGAACAUUCCAACCCCGACUUGAACGAUCCGAAGAAGUGUUUAAGGAGGAAUAUGAGAAAUCCGUGCGUGAAGAAAAUCAAUUUAGAGGAGAGACAGAUCAGACUGAACAGCUGCCCCAGUAGAAAUGGGGACGCAAAACGAUCAGAGUUUUAUAGGAGAGGUGGCGACGGAUUACCGAGUUGGCGAGCAAGCGGACCUUUGAAUGCUCCACCAGCAAGGAUACUAUUACAGAGUAACGCAACGACUAUCAAACGAGCAUCUCUAGGUAACAUUGUCAGUCCGCACUCUUCGACAAACAGCCACUGCAAGAGUGAGAGAGCAAUGCCAGUAGGCUGGUAUUCUACCAGGACAGCCAACAAGGAACUGCCCCACAUUCAGAGAUUGAGACGGACAGCACCCCUUAAAUGACGACAUGUUUGAUACGGCCAUGUUUUUAAUAAUUUUUAUAAAAAUCCUUUACGUGUCAUCUUAAUUGUAAUUUUAAGUGAAUAAAAAGGUUUUAUUCUUAUUGUACGCGCAUGUAUCGAUUGCUUUUGGAUGCACAUUUUUGGAUAAUAUUUGUAGUUUAUUAUUAGAUUUUUACAUAAAACAAAAUAAUAGAGUGAUAUAGUGCCUUUUAUAAUAGUAUUUUAUUCAUACUUUCAUAAAUAGAAUAGUACAAAAAAACACUUUAAAUACUUUAGUGUAAAAAAAAUAUAUCAAUAAUUUAAAUAGAGUGUGCCACAAGAAAUCACAGCACUGCGCGAGCCAAAUCAGUAGAAUCGAAUAAUCGUUUCACGGCUUAGCAGUCAAAUAGUACUGACAGCAAAGAAAAUAAAGUUCGCUAAAUAUUUUAAUAUAACAAAAUUGCUUCCCACUGUCUGUACACUGAUAUCAUAAAAAAAAAUGUUAUUAAAGAAAAUAUUAAUAUUAGAUCCAAUUAUAUAAUAUUAUAGUAGCUUUCUGCAAGCGGCUUUGCUCGCAUCGUACCGCAUUA